AUGGCCACCGCCGUCUCAACACUUCCCAGCUUCUUGCUGCCCCGGCUGAGCUGGACGGCACCCGUUGCGAAACAGGGUGCGCCACGGCACACCGGUAUCAAUGCCACCGCCAAACCCCGAUCUAUGCUCCAGCAGCAGCCCGGUCUGCGGAGGGCCUUCCACGCCUCAGCCCCUCGCAGGAGGGAUCACCACUUCGACACGCUCAAGUUCGUCCAGAGACUGCAAGGGGAGGGCUUCACCGAGGAGCAGUCGGUGGCCAUGAUGAAGGUCCUGAACGAUGUGAUCGAGGAAAGCAUCCAGAACCUCACGCGAACAAUGGUCCUCCGCGAGGACGCGGCCAAGGCGACGUACACGCAAAAGGUGGACUUCGCGACGCUGCGGUCGGAGCUGCUGUCGGCGGACAGCACCGAGUCGAACGCGACGCGGUCGGCGCACGAGCGGCUGACCAACGACAUCGCCAAGCUCAACAACCGGCUCAAGGACGAGAUCGGGCGCACGCAGGCGAGCGUGCGGCUGGACCUCAACCUCGAGAAGGGCCGCAUCCGCGAGGAGGCCGUCUCGCAGGAGCUGCGCAUCAAGGAGACCGAGACCAAGAUCGAGCAGGAGGCGGGGGCGCUGCGCCAGCAGCUCGAGAUGGUCAAGUUCCAGACGCUGCAGUGGCUCAUUGGUGUCUGCACCGGUUUCGCGGCGCUGAUGCUCGGUGCUUGGCGGUUGUUGAUGUGA